AAAGAGGCGUUAAAUCGCCUUAAGUGUACAUUGGGAAAGUGCAGUGGUUGAAUCAUAACUACAAAAGUGCUCAAAAGACUUAGGACAUAAAUUUGCGAAAAAGCAAAGUACAUCAUCGAGUUUUGAAAUCUUUAUAACUUUUCUUACAUUAUAACCAGGUUAUUGCGCUUAGGAAGAAAACUAAGCAUUAAAUUUUAACAACUUCGUUAGAGAAAAAAAAGGACCUUCGAUUGAAUCACGUUCAAAAAAUGUCUGUACAAAAGGUAGAAGUAAAAGAUUAUAAGAAGGUUGCUGCUGUUUUAGCCGAAGCAUUUUAUAACGAUCCAGUUCAUUUGUACUUUGCUGGACCUCCAAAUGGGGAACAGUACGAGAGGCUGCUACAAGAUUGCUUUGAGUACAUUGCUUAUGCCUGUUUAAUGCGCGGUCAUGUCUUCCAGGUUGAUGACUUUUCAGGCGUCGCUUUAUGGGCUGGUCCAGGUGAAAGAAUUGAUGAUUGGUAUACCGUUUUGAGAAGUGGUUUAUGGAGAUUAUUUUACAAACUGGGUGCCGAAAAUCGCCAUCGUUUCUUCAAUGAAUUGAUUCCGUUACACAACAGAGUAAUGCCAGAAGCCAUGAAAGAUCGAAUCGAUAAUUUUUGGUACCUUAUGUUUGUUGGUGUAAAAGCAAACAGCCGAGGAAAGGGAUACCUUCGAAAACUCCUUAAACCAAUAUUAGACAUUGCCGAUCAAAGAAAUCUUCCUUGUUAUCUUGAAUCUACUCAUCCUAAUAAUCGCCCCAGGUAUGAGCAUUUUGGCUUUCGCGUCGUGCAAACUGUUCAAUUAAAACAAGACUCUGAUAUCAUUCCGAUCGACGUUAUGGUUCGAGAGCCAUAGCUCUUUGGAUUCAGAACAGGCGAGUAGUAAAUUGAAAAAUCCCAAUCUUUUGCUACUGCAAACUGAGCUCUGUUUUCUGUCAUUAUCUCUUAAAUUAUAUGAAAAAAUACUUUACUUUACUUUAUUAAGGGUUUCUUUUUUGGUAAAUCCACAAUUUAUUGUCUUUCCUCUGUCUAAGCAAUUGGACAAUGAGUAUGAUUGUUAACAUAUUUAUCCAUGAUCCGGAUGUACUAUAUUCUGUUCACUUUAUCGUAACGAAUUUUCUAUUUCAUUAUUGGUG